AUGAGACUUCACAGUCUCACCGCUCAAUUUCUUACAGCCGCCUCCAGCACCGCCUUUCUCAUCACAGACGAAGGCGUGAGAUGCCGCAGUGGUUCAACGACAAGCCAUGCCAUCCAGCGACAAUUCACCAAGGGUACUGAUGUGACCAUCACCUGCCAAACCGAGGGCACCAACAUCGAAGGGAACACUCUCUGGGACAAGACGACGUUCGGAUGUUUCGUGUCCGACUACUACGUCGCUACAGGGUCAAGCGGGUACCUGACCUCGAAGUGCCGUUCGUGUAGACCGCCCAAAUCGAACGCUGCGACUGCCAAUCUGAUCGCUGGCUUCGAGGGCUUCAGGCCUGAUGAGUUCGAAGUCUGUAUCACAGCCAUGCUGAACAGCAAGGCAAAGCUCAACAGGAACCAGUACGGCGCGCUCAUAAGCCGGGCUUUCAACAUGGGCUGCGGCAAUGCUGAAUCGUCUGCCCUCGUUAGGCGUCUGAAUAACGGAGAGGAUCCCAAUACGGUAAUCUCACAAGAACUUCCUCAGUGGGAGUAUGCCAGUGGCCAACGGCUUCCGGGCUUGGUUCGUCGACGGCAUGCGGAGAUUGAGUUGGCUCAGAAGCCGACACGCCGCAGAGCUUUACCGAAGAGAUGCUAA